AUGUUCUCUAUCAUGGCCAGCAAGAAGUUUCCAUUGAAAGGUGUGUUGCUAGCCACGCUGCUGCUAAUGAAUACAUUCCUGUCAAGGAAGUGUGUAACUGCUUCACCGAUCUGUCCCCAUGGAUCUGACACUUGCCAGGUCUCCCUAGGGGAUCUUUUUGACCGUGCUGUCAAACUCUCACACUACAUCCACUCUCUCUCUGCUGAAAUCUUCAACGAAUUUGACGAACGCUAUGCUCAGGGCCGAGGGUUUAUUGCAAAGACCAUUAACAGCUGUCAUACGUCUUCUCUCACCACUCCUGAAGACAAGGAGCAAGCUCAACAGAUUCAUCAUGACGACCUGCUGAAUGUAGUGCUGAGUGUGCUCCGUUCCUGGAAUGAUCCUCUCCUGCAUCUGGUGUCUGAGGUCCAAAGAAUCAAAGAAGCUCCCGAAACUAUUCUCUGGAAGGCCAUGGAGAUUGAGGAACAAAACAAAAAGCUUCUGGAAGGGAUGGAGAAAAUAGUUGGACGGGUUCACCCAGGUGACUUGGGCAAUGAAGUCUAUUCCAGAUGGUCGGGGCUCCCAUCUCUCCAGUUAGCUGAUGAAGAUUCCCGUCUCUUUGCCUUCUACAAUUUGUUGCACUGCUUGCGUAGGGACUCCCACAAAAUUGACAACUAUCUGAAACUUUUAAAGUGCCGUCUCAUCCAUGACAGUAACUGCUGAGCAUCUUCAUUAAAAUGCUAGCAUCGAGCCCUUCCAAAUGAUCUGCUUUUAGCUCCAUUUGCUUGUCAUUGCACACUGUAUGGAACAUCUGAUCCUGCGGUACAAGAUUAACAAGCAGAUUAUGUAGGUUUUUCUUUGGUUUUAGUUGCAAACAAUUGUUUCAGUGCCUCAAAAUUCUAA